UAUGUACUCUGGCUCGCAGUGCAGUUUCCGAGGAGAAUUGCUGUACUGGGAGCUGCCUGUGGCUUGCGCAAUGAUGCUCAUCCUGCUGGGAAUUGGUGCCAUUGUGACUGGCAGGACGCUCGAGUGGUUGCGCUUCCAACAAGCUAAAAGAGAUCCAUUUACGUUUCCGCGAAACUGGAAGGACUCACCGGGGUUAUCAUUUCUGGAUCAGCUGCUGCGUGGCAAGUGGGCAGGACCGACGCGAAAGGGAUUACCGACGAAACCCGCUAGGGGUCACAUUCUAGAGAACGCUUUCAUCUUUAUCUUGAUCUUCUUGGAAUUUCUACCUUGGAUACAAGUGGUAGCGUUGGCGUUCUUACCUGUGGUGCCGUGGCCGAAAGAAAGUCGACGAAUAGCUGAGAUAUUGCGACUCUCGGUGCUGUAUCCGUUGUGGAAUCACUCCGAGCCGAGCCAGUUCCCAAGAUUCAUGCUGUGCCUGUCGUUGGGAUUCGUUCCUGGAGUUUUGUUGAUUGCGUGUAUCCUCGGUGUAAAGCGUUUCCCGUUGUUCAAGCCGCAGCCUAAGAGCUCGCCUGCUGAGGACUUGUGCACGCUUGUGCUGCGUUUGUAUAGUGAAUACCUCACUUUGCCCGUAAUGAUAGGGCUGCUGCUGCCCUUGGAGUGUGGAAUUAUUGGAUAUAGCAAGGUCGAAGGCUCUAAAAUGACCCUACCAUCACUAAAUGGAUCGUGCUUCACACUUUUGCAAGGUGGAAUGGUUGCAGCCGGUACGAUCAUACUCAUUUUGUACUGCAUCGCAAGUUCUGUCGUCGUGAUUCAGCUGAACUGCGAGUCAUCACCGCCUGUGCCAACACUAUGGACACACGUGCGCUAUAAGCGAGUUGCGCAUGCCCUCAAAGCGCCACUUGCCAUGAGCGUCGUGGGCUCAGUAAAUGCCAAUGCGCUACUGCUAUGUGGAAGCUGCAUGUUGGUCUCGCUGAUUCUUGGUAUCAUGAAUGCAAAGCUGAAGCCCUGCUUGCUUUCGCUUGUCAAUGGUAUUCGCCUGGCAGGCGCGGCAAUGGCGUUUUGGACCAGUACUCUCGCGCUUGUUACCUCUAUCAUCGAUGACCCUGGCUCAUCGAUCUUGUAUGAGGUACGAUCAAAAAUGUUUUGUUUUUUUUUAACUUAAGAACACAAGCGUAUUCUUCAUUCUGUGCACUUACGCAGGCUUGGUCCCUGGGAGCUAUCGCGAUUUCGGGAAUAUCCCUUCCAGGUUUGUUCCUAUACCAUACCGAGGACUUCUGGCUUCAGCUUGCCUCGGCUGCCAAGGAGUUCGGGUCACUUGCAGCAGCCUCAAACGACCCCAAAAGAGCCAAGGUGGCCGGUAUCGCCGCUACUACGGGGAAAGUGGCAGCCAUGGGUUUUCGUGCUGGCGUUCCAAAGUUCUUACCCAGUCGGCGAUCCAGUGCGGCGGAGAAGCUGCGGAGUCGGUCGAAGCGUGGGAAGUUAUCGGAGACCAACUAACAUCGAAUUGCCUGAUUCAGUGUGGCGAACUCCGCCUCGACCAGUAGCGUUGCACUUGGUGUUCCAGUUGUAGACAGGUCGGCGGCCUGAUUACGAGCCUAGGAACAUGUCGCGCUGUGGAGGUCCGACGUCGAACCAACAUACACACAGGAAUGAUCUUCGGUGAAGGUUUCCUGCAGCCUUCUUCACCGUGAUAGCGGUGACCACCGGGUACUGGCAGCUCGAGCAAGUUGCCUCGCUGGGUAUUUGAUGCGAAUGGUAGGCAGGUAUCAGCGAAACCCCAUCUCGUUGGGUCGGACUCUACUUUAAGUGGCAACGCGCGUAAACGUCCGCCGUCAACAAUGGCAGCUGCGGCGCUUGUGUCACAACUUCAAACUCACGGAAUUCGUAACUUGAAAUUCAUAAAGUUCCUGACAUGCACGGUUCAUAGUUUUCUGGAGCGAA